AUGGCUAGUAGCAGACCCAUUAAUGAAAAGCAGAAUGACUCUGUUCCCAAGGAUGAAUUCACUAUACCACACAUGAAUACAUCUUGCAUAACCAAUUCCGUUCCCUACUGGGAGAUGAUGAUGAACCCGGACCAAUACUUGCACAACUUACAUAAUCUUCCACCCGAAACACAGAGUGUUAUCAGACAAUAUUGUCUGCGAAGGGUGCAAGAGAAGCAGAGAAGAGCAAAUGCAGAAAAUGGUGAAGAAGUGGGUUCGACAGGGAGUCAAGUGGGCCGAGAUACCGGCGAAAAGGAACCACUCCAAAGCUUGAGACAAGAUUCUCAACAGGAGUUGCGCAAAGUAAUUGAGAAGAAAAAGCCAUUGAAAGAAGCGAAACAAGACAAAAAUGCGAACGGGAAGGAUGGAAAACACGAGGGUAAUAAGGACCGCAAUUGA